ACUCUUGUAAACCAUAAAUAUGAAUCAAGUUCAGAAAAGAGGAAUAAUAUUAGAAUGAAAGCUGCCGUUUAUCUAAGGAAAGAGAGAAAAAAGCAAUCUAACUUCCUUCUCCAGUUAAUCAACAAUGCAGCAGCGUGAUGUUAAAUUUCCACGCUUCGGAAUUACUCCGAAGUCCAUAAGUGGGCAACUGUGGGUGAAAAAAUGCCCAAAAUAACAGGUGCUCUUGCGUGACAGUUGCUCAUAAAAGAUUCCUUAGCGCCUGCAAUUCAAACAAGAAAAAAUAAAGAAGCGGACAGAGACCGAAAUGGAGGAGUUUGAUUGAUUGAUUUGGCCUAGCAUUAUUUGGUGUCGCCUUGGCGACGGCUCGAAACUCGUCGGACCGCGACAAAAAAGCAUUCUAUUGCGAGAGAAUAGACCGCCGUUUGGCCAAGAACAGGUUGCUGCCCUUGCGCGGAGGAUGGCCGGCAGGAAGAAGGGUGAGGCGACCCAGCUGCAGAUCGAGGUCACCACCGAGGAGGAAUGGGAAAAACUCUUGCAAAAGGAGGGAUUGAUUGUUGUGGACGUGUACACCGGUUGGUGCGGUCCGUGUAUUGGGAUGCUGGGCAACCUGAAAAAGAUCAAACUGGAGAUUGGAGGCGAGCUGCUCCACAUGGCCGUGGCCAAGGCUGACGAAAUUGAAACCUUGGCCAGGUUCAGAAAAAAGAGCGAGCCCACGUGGAUGUUUAUUGCCGGCGGACAAAUGGUGAAUUUAAUGUUUGGUGCAAAUGCUCCGAGACUUUGCCGCAUGAUUGUGGACGAGUUGGCCAAAGAGACGGCGGUCAUCAAUGGGGAGCGAGAAAGAGAGACGAUUCCAUUCCACGAGUUAACUCCGGAAGAAAUAAUUCGCAACGAAGAGAUCGAGCGGCGACGCUUGGAGGCCCUGGCGGCCGAGGAAGAAGCGACCGCCGCCAAAUUAAAUGCCCUCCGUUUGCUUUCACUGGCUCGCCGCGACGUCGACCCUUUGCACCUGGUGCUGCUGCCUCCACACGUGGUCGCUGCCGGACCUGACACCGGCGCCUGGCAGGAACUGACCGCAGCCUUAACCACUGCCGGUGCCCUUAUUCUCGAGGAACAUCAGGUGGAAUUGGAACCAGAAACCGCAAGUGCCGCGCUGGACUUGGGCGCCGAGGGGAGCGAGGCGCGCCGAGAGUGGUGUGUCGCCCUCCAGUCCGGGCCCUGCGUCGCCCUCCUCCUGGGCACGUUGCUGGAAACCACUGAACAGGGCGUCACCCUGGGAGAACUGCUCAAGGAGUUAAUCGGCCCCGCCGUGCCUCUGGAAGCCCCACCCGAGACCCUGAGUCACAAGUACAAGGACGGCGAUCACAUUCCAGGAUUGUGGGCGCCGUGCGAACCGGAGAAGAGGGCUUCGGCCGUCGCCCUUUUGUUUCCGGAACUGCAAGAGGCCGACGGUGGAGCGGCGCCCGUCGAAGUGGCCGUCGCCCUGUUUGAGGCAGAGAGGCAGCAGGAAAUCUUGGCAGGUCUGCAAGGGGUGGCCGAGAAGAUUUUGGCCGUGGCGCUCAGGCAGCUCGGAGGGCAUGAGGAGACGGUUUUGCUCGGCGCCGAAAACGCAGAGGGCAGACUGAUGGGUGACAGGUUGGUGGUCGCAAUGCGCACAGACGGGGAGGACAAGGCGGAAGCUUUUGAGGCGCUGACCCCUCUUUACAUAAGUUCCGACCCCGUGAUGGGCGUUAGGGACUUCCAGCUGCUUUUCCCAGCCACAGACAAACAGCAGGACGAGGAGGAACCUGGUGAAACCAAUGAGGACCAAACUGAGGAAAAACAGGAAGAGCCUGCGGAGGAAUAGCAAAAAAAAAAAACGACCAAUUUUGAGAUGCAUUGCUUAAAAAUUUAAUCUCUAGCACUUAAUUUAUACACCUUAGCAAUAUCUGUGAUUUAGUUUUAGUUAUACAA